AUGUCAACCGCUGAUAACGAUUAUGAGAACAGAUUGACCAAGCUUUGGUCCAUGAGCGGAGCGUCGGAUGGUGCGGGCUCGGCGGUCGUGAACGUGACCAGUGCUUCUAUAGUCAUCCAACCAUCGAGCUACAGCAGACCGAAGACUCAGAACAGGAAAUACGCUUUCAGACCCAGAGCUAUACCGCUGAAGAAGGAGGAACCACAAAUUGAGAGGAACGCCUACUAUUCACAGGAUAAUGUGAAGAAUUAUAAAUCUGAAGUACUUUUCCCUGGUGAUUAUGUGCCGAUUGCCACAGAGAAAAGUGGGAAUUCCAAUGGUAUCUUUGGACCUGCGGGGCCCUUCCAACCCCAAACGAUACCUUUGAUAAGGAAUGAGGAAUUUCAGAAGAGAUCUUUGGAUGUGAAUGAAGAACCUAUUAUCGAGAAACCUGAAGGAUUCUCGGAGCCUACAGCUUCAAGGAGAUCAAUUUCGGAUUACUUUGGCGUUGAAGAGGAUGAAGAUGAAGAAGAUGACGAAAACGGCGAAUAUGAAGCUGAAGGCUUAGAAGGAGAUACAGAACUGAAAUCAAAGAACAAAAAGAAAAAAAAGCUAAAAACGAAGAAAUUGAAGAAGUACAUGCUACCCCUACUCUUAGCUUACAAGAUGAAAUAUUUCACUCUAGUCCCGGUCAUGAUCGGUGGUCUGGUAUUACUGGUAGGAGCUACAGGGCUAGCUGGGUUCUUCUUUGCUCUAUUUGCAGCCGUUAUGGGCCUACAGAAAGGAGACUAUUAA